AUGGAGCCACCAGGAAAGAAUGUGGAUCUGUGGGAGUUCUUCUACGGUGACCAAGUGGCGUUCUACCACUGUAUGGUGAAGAGGACAGGGACCUCAAGGGGGGCCCAGGUGUGUUCAACCCCAGGGGAGAUGACGUCGGUACCAGCCCCAGUCUGUUCCUGCUCAGCGGUGGUCUCGGACGCACCUCGCCCUGUUGCUGCUCCGCCGGUGGUCCCGAGUGCAUCAGCCCCUGUUCCUGUUCCUGAGGUGGUUCCGGAUACACCUCCCCAUGUUUCCCUGCUGAGACCCGUGGGCUCAAGCGAGCUCAGCCCUCCGGCCGUCGCCCCGCCUCCCACCCGACUCAUCGUUGGUCACCCCGCCUACGCCGUUUCCCUGACAGGCCGGCCGCCCCCUCGGGUUUUUAGUCCCCCGAAGCCGGCCCCUCGGGUUCUGUCUGCCCUGAAGCCGGCCCCUCGGGUUCUGACUACUCAGUCCCGGGACCCACCCUCUGACCCGUCUGCUCAGUCCCGAGACCGACCCUCCCACGAGGGCGGCCUCUCGAACUGUCUCGCCGGUCGGCCCGACCCCGUGGACGGCCCCUGA